GAGCAGACCGUGCCCUUAGCAAAGAUGGCGGCGGCGGGACGCGCGCCCUGACGAGCCGCCGGCGUCGCUCGCCUCGCCCCGCCCCACCCCUCCCGCUGGAGCGACAGCGCGCACCGGUGACGUAUGAGACGCGCGACGGCCGGAGCGGUGGGGACCGGAGCACCUUGAGUGAUGCCCAAGAAGUUCCAAGGUGAAAAUACCAAGUCGGCUGCUGCCCGCGCGAGGAAAGCAGAGGCAAAGGCAGCAGCCGAUGCCAAACGUCAGCAGGAGCUGGAAGAUGCCUACUGGAAGGAUGAAGACAAACACGUGAUGAGGAAGGAACAAAGGAAGGAAGAGAGGGAGAAGCGGCGGCUGGAGCAGCUGGAGCGCAAGAAGGAGCUGCAGCGCUUGCUGGAGGAGGAAGACUCAAAGCUGAAAGGGAAGUCGCCCAAGCAGGUCACUCCGGGCAAAGUCACCAGGGCCCAGAUCGAGGAGACAAUCAGAAAAGACCAGCAGCAGAAGGAGAAUGCAGAUACAGUGGAGAAGGAGAAGACUCACUUGGAGGUCCCCUUGGAAGAAAACAUCAACAGAAGGGUACUGGAGGAAGGAUCGGUGGAGGCCAGGACAAUUGAAGAUGCCAUUGCUGUCCUCAGCGUUGCCAAUGAUCUGGACUGGCACCCCGAGCGCCGGAUGAAAGCUGCCUUCACAGCUUUUGAAGAAGUCAAUCUGCCACGCCUGAAGCAAGAGAACCCCAACAUGCGCCUGUCCCAGCUCAAGCAGCUCCUCAAGAAGGAGUGGAUGAAGUCUCCAGAAAACCCCAUGAACCAGAGGCACAAGGCUUACAACAGCCAAAAGUAGAACUAGAGCUGAUCAUCCCCCACGGACAGUGGGCUGGAGCCCCAAGGCUCUGCUCUGAUGAAAACAGGAGACACAAGGAACCUCCUCUCUUUUUUUUUCCCUUCCCUGCCCCCACUUUCUGUCUUUCUCUGUUCUUGGAUUUAAGUUAAGCAGGAGGCCACAGCUUGCCUCGGGACCCUGCAGCGUCCUGCCGUUGUCACUGACGGCCCGUCCCCCCGCCGUGCUCACCCCUUCACAGGCAGCUGGUGCAGGGCAACCUGGACAGACUAACACUACUCCCAUGCUUCCGAAUUUGGUUGUUGUCUUACGAGAAAAGCUACUGUCUCUCUCCCAAACCUUCAGCCUGGGCAGCACGUGCAAGGUGCAGCGUCAGUGCUGCUGUCUGCCAAGGUAGGGACCCCACCACGCUGGCUAGCACUGUGCGUUAACCCGCUCACAGACCUGAUCUGAGCCAAACCGCAUUCAUCCCUGUCUCUACCAUGGCUGCGCUGCACCCUCACGCUCUGGCAGGGUGAAUUUUUGCAACUGUCCAUGAAGAAGGCACUUACCCACUGUUGCUGGGAUGUCCCUGAAGAGAUUCCAGGCCGGGAUUGCUGUUGGCCCUGCCUGCUGCCAGCCACCUCCCUCCUCUUGGUCUUGCCUGGCGGGAGAAAGAACCACAACAGGAGCAGGAGCUCUUGUCAGCACGGGGUUGUGGGGAAGAGGGAAAAUAACCUUCCAUCUUCAAGGAGGAAUGGGAGAAAUAACACAGCACAGCGUGGUUCCUGCCUUGUCCGCACAGGACGCUGGUGCCAGACUUCUCUGUGUGACUUUCCUGGUGGCCUUGUCCAGAGCCUCACGCACUGCUGGUGGGACAGGAGGGUUCUUGACGGGGCUGCGACCCUGCUCUACCCAAGAACUGCACCGAGAAGGGAAGCUGCUGCUUCUCCCCAUCACUUCUUCCCCUGCCUGCUCCCAGGCAAGAAGGUGCCCUGUGGACCUGUGGAAGAGGGAUGUGGGACUGUCAGCUCCGCAGCUUCCUCCGUUCCUCCGCUGCUGGACGGAGGCUCUAACCUGGCUGUGCCGCCCCUGCUCCCCUCCGGCCAGAGCCCCGUGGUCUCUCCGCUGGCCCAGGCAAAAAGAAAUAGGUGAGCUCCCUUGGGAGCCCACGGCAGCACUGGGGCAGGGCUGGAGAGGCUUAGCCCCAGAGCCACGGCAGAGUCCUGCCCCUUGCCUUGAGCAGGCGCUGGGUUUUCCUCUUCCCUCUCCUCUUUCACAUCUCUUCUGGUCUCCUUUGGGAACGAAAUUCCUUCCUAAGGUCUAAACCCUUGGCCAGGCAGCAGUUGGCGCUCACCGGUGUGUAUAACCAGGGCUGCAAAACAGAGACAAACUCAUGGCGGGCUUGGCAUCCCGCUGGGGUUUCUUCUGACGGUAUUAAAGAAAUUGGGUUCAUCUCGAGCCGGGUAACGGGGAGCAUGUGGCCCCCACCCCUGCAGGGGAUCGCCGCAAGCGGGCAGGGAGGGUUGCAAGGAUCUACCAGGCUGCAGAGGCAUUUGCACCUUGGCAGUGAGGGGGUGUGAUGCUCUCGAGCUGAAGGUGAAAGCCUGGGGCCGUGUUUUGGGGCUCCCCCACCCUCUGCUUGCAGAACCGGGCUGAAGGAGCGGGGCCAGCCCCUGCCGGUGUGUGCCGCUCCCCAAGCCCAGCCGGUAAAGACAGGGAGGAACGCACCCCGUGUCUCCCCUUUCUGUGAGAAGUUUGUUGUGUUUGAACCCUAUUAAAAAUCAGCACACGCAUCCCCCCCCAAACCCUGUGGAGUUGUUGAAGGAAUAAAGGGUGGAGGGCUGUGGGUUCCCGGACUCGGGGGGCGCUUUCCGCCCCUGAAACGGCCGCUCAGAAUCCUGCUGGA